GUGAAGCUGGGGGGUGAAGUAAGCGUUGCGUCUACGUCUCUUUCUACACUUUUAGCAAGAUCAGAUCAGAGCGAGAGGAAACGAGAAUCACCACAACCACUACCGGCUAUGGCUUUUGCUUCUUCCUCCGUGAUUUCGUCGUUCUUGUGUAACUCUCGAUCAAAAGAAUUGAUUUUUUCAUCGAAAAGUUCAUCUUCGGUUUUGACGGGAAGGAGAGCGUUUGGAUCUAUCAGAGCAGCUCAAGUGAGUAGCCAGGCGAACCCUAGACGACGCAAUCAGAACGUAGAAGGAGAUAUAUAUGUUGACAGUACUUGUAUUGAUUGCGAUACUUGUCGUUGGAUGGUUCCGGAAGUGUUCACCAGAGUGGAUAACAUGUCUGCGGUUAUUAAACAACCAACCUGUGAGGAAGAAAGGCUGAACGCUCUUCAGGCCUUGUUGUCUUGUCCCACCGGAUCUAUCCGCACUGAAACUCCACCUACUGACAUAGGGGAAGCUCAAGAGACCUUUCCACUUGCACUGGACGAAGACAAACUACCUGGCGUUUUUCAUUGUGGGUUUCAUUCCAAGAAAUCUUUCGGAGCAACUUCCUACUUGAUACUUCAUCAUGAGGGGAAUAUACUUGUUGAUAGUCCCAGGUUCGUAGAGAAACUUGCUGGGAAGAUUGAGAAGAUGGGUGGUGUUCGCUACAUGUUUUUGACACACAGGGACGAUGUUGCGGAUCACAAGAAAUGGGCAGAUCGAUUCAAGUGUACCAGAAUUCUGCAUUCCGGAGAUGUCCAACCUUCGACCACUGAUGUGGAGUUAAAGCUGGAAGGAAGUGGACCAUGGAGACUCUAUGAAGAUGUGGAGCUUGUACACACUCCUGGUCACACUGAAGGAUCAGUGUGCCUGUUCCAUAAACCCCUCAAGGCAUUAUUCACUGGAGACCAUUUAACUAUGAACGAAUCUGGAAUGAGCAUUAUAGAGAAGUACAAUCAUUGUUCACUGCCUCUCCAGCUCGAGAGCGUAGAAAGAUUGAUCAAGCUGGAUUUCAAUUGGGUGAUACCAGGACAUGGAAGAAGAGUACAUUUCAAAGAUGGAGAAGAGAAGGCAAAGAAGCUGGAAUCACUUGUUCAGAAGCACAGAGAGGAACAACUUGUUUCUUCUAGCAAAUUCGGUUAUGCUUGAGAGAUCUUUGUAUGCUGAUUAUAAUAAACCAGCGAAUCAAACCAAACCAAACCAAGAUGUUCUUCACUCUGUUUUUUUUUAUAAAGGAAUCAUGUUUAAUCAAA